CGCUCUUUUUUUCUUCUUCCGUUUUUACCUUUCCUGUAUUUCUCAUUCACUCCGUCCCUCUCUCUCUCUCUCUCUCUCUCUCUCUCUCUCUGAGAUCUCACCGGCGACGGCGGCCACCGGCGUCAUUCUCGGUCUCUCUCUCUUACUCUGUUCUCUCUCACUAAACACACUCGGGGUUAUCUCUGUCUCUAUCAACAUUACCCCAUUCUCUCUCAAUGACUACAAGUACUACUCACCAUUCUCUCUCUUCCCAACUCUGAAACUUGCUUGUUAUAUUUCCUGUCUCUUCUCAGAGACUCUUCUAAACCAUUUAUUUCUCUCAUUUUGCUUCUAUUUUCAUUUCAUUUCCAUUCUAAAACCAAAUAAAACUACACCAAACAAGAAAGAAAAAAAACUCCAUUUUCCUUUCGUUUCCUCAGAUCUAUAAUCACCAUUUUUCUCUAUAGCCCAGAUCUUUAUUUAUCACAAGUUACAAACUUUAUUCCUAUUGGUCAUGAGUAAAGAAGAAUUUUUGAAGAUACAGAAAUCUGUUCUAAAAGUGAACAUACACUGUGAUGGAUGUAAACAUAAAGUAAAGAAAAUCUUACAGAAAAUUGAUGGAGUAUUUACAACUGAGAUAGAUGCAGAACAAGGGAAGGUCACAGUUUCAGGGAAUGUGGACCCAAAUGUUCUCAUCAAGAAGCUUGCAAAAUCUGGGAAACAUGCUCAGUUAUGGAGUGUUCCCAAACCAAACAACAACAACAAUAAUAAUCAGAACAACCUUGUUAAUCAGUUAAAGAACAUGCAAAUUGAUAAUGGCAAAGGUGGUGGAAAUAACAACAACAAGGGUCAGAAUCAAAACCAGAAGGGUAGUGGAAACAAUAACCAGCCCAAAGGUGGUCAACAAAUACAACUACAAGGACUAAAUCCUCAGCAGCAGCAGCAACUUCAGCUUCAACAACAGUUACAACAACUUCAACAGAUGAAAGGGUUUCAAGAUCUAGCACAAUUUAAAGGCAUGAAGAUGCCGCCGAAUCAGAAUGCUAAAGGUGUUAAAUUUGAUGUGCCUGAAGAUGAGGAUGAUUUUAGUGAUGAUGAAAUGGAUGAUUUUGAUGACGACGAAGAUGAUGAUGAAGAUUUUGAUGAUGAGUUUGAUGAUGAAAUGGUUGGGUUGCCACCUAAUAAGAUGAAACCCCCUUCUAUGCCUAUGGGGAAUGGUGCUCACAUGAUGUUGAAUGGUAAUCAUCCACAGCUUUUGACUGCUAUGAAGGGUGGCAAUUUUAACGGCGGCGGUGGUGGCGGAAACGGGCAGAAACCUGGUGGUGGAGGACCUGUUCCGGUUCAAAUUCAUGGCAUGAAUGGUGGAAAUGGCAAUGGAGGAAAGAAAAGUGGCGGUGGUGGACCUGUGCCGGUUCAAAUGAAUGGCGGAAAUGGCAAUGGAGGAAAGAAAGGUGGCGGUGGUGGUGGAGGAAAUAAUCAGAAUCAUGGUGGAGGUAACAAAAUAGUGGUGGUUUGCAGGAGGCUAAAAAUGGUGGUGGUGGAGGAAACAAGAAUGGAGGGAAUCAUAAUAGUAAUAAUCAAAAUAACAAUGGGGGUAAAAAGGGUAUGUCGAUACCAGUUGCUGGUGGUGGUGGUAAUGUUCAAGCUAUGAACAAUGGAUUUCAAAAAAUGAUGGGUGGCGGAGGUGGUCAUCCUCACCCUGCUAUGGAUGGUGGAGGUAAUAAUGUGGGACCAAUGAGUAUGCCAAUGAACCAAAUGGGUGGUAACAUUCCUGCUGUUCAAGGUCUACCGGCUGGCGGAGGAUACUUUCAAGGUGGUGGUGGUCCAGGCGCGGAAAUGAUGUCGGGCAAUCCUUAUCAACAACAACAACAGCAACAUCAGCAGCAACAACAACAGCAACAAUUAAUGGCUGCUGCAAUGAUGAAUCAACAACGUGCUGCAAUGGUGGAAAAUGAUCAAAGAUUUCAGCAGCCAAUGAUGUACGCAAGGCCACCUCCUGCGGUGAAUUACAUAUAUCCUCCUUACCCUUAUCCUCCUCCAGAUCCUUACUCACAUGCUUUCAGUGAUGAGAACACUUCCAGUUGCAAUAUUAUGUGAUGUGAUUAAUCUAAACCAACAAUGGUCAUGGCGAUGGUGAUUGUUUAACUAUAGUAUCUACCCCUACCCUCUUUAAUUUUAUGCAAUAUAUUAUACCCAAUGAAACAUGAGUUUUUUAGUUCUGUUUUCAAUUUUCUUUGAUUUUGAUCCCCUUUUCAUCAAUAGGGGGGUUUCUAAUUACCAUAGAGGAGUAGUUUAUAGAAAUAUAAUUAUGAUAUUUACCAA